AUGAGAUUUGUAAGACCCGGAGAUCUUCAAGUAGCAGCCAACAAUAAACGCUUGCGUUCUCAUGAUAUACCAAAACCACCUCCACCGGUGAUAAUACCAUCAUCAUCAGCUUCACAAGAUGCACCACCAUCAUCACCUACACAUGAUGCAACAUCACAUAGGUUAACCAAAAAAGGAAGACCUAAACGUUCUCAACCUCCACAUUUCCAAUUUCAACCUCAACAUCAACAUCAACCAUCUCCACCUUCAUCUCCACCUCAACACCAACCAUCUCCAACUCAACCUCAACAUCAACCAUUUCCACCUCCAUCUCCACCUCAACAUCAACUAUCUACAACUCCACCUCAACACCAACCACCUCCACCUCCACCUCAACACCAACCACCUCAACAUCAACUAUCUACAACUCCACCUCAACACCAACCACCUCCACCUCCACCUCAACACCAACCACCUCAACAUCAACCAUCUCCAACUCAACCACAACAUCAAUCAUCAGAACCGGAACAUGAAGUUGUACUUGAACGUCUAUCUCAACCACGACAACCUCUACCUCCACCACCUCCACGUAAUCAUGCACAUUGGAUUGUGGAUGUUAUUGAUGAUGAUGGUAAUGUUAGACAAAAAAGUGUAGAAGUGAACGACUUAAUCCCGAACAAAGUGGGAUUUAAGGUGCAAACAAUCUGGAAUGAUGACCAUCAGCCCAUAGGAGAGGCAGGUGGACUGUUAUCAGGAUAUAUUGGCUUUCUUGCUAGUAGUGAUGAAUUGCUUCCUAUAAUGUAUCCAAAAUGGCCCAAAGUUCCGUUGGCAAAGAAAGACUUAAUUUAUGAUAACAACAUAAAGGCUAAAUUUGUUGUAAGUGAUACAAACAAGUUUCAUAAGAAGUGGAUUUAUACAAGCUUGGGAAAGAGGUGGAGGGAACGUCGGUGCUUUCUAUUCAAUAAGUAUUAUGAUUGGGCUCUUACUGUUGAACAAAACAUAGAGCAAUUUCCACCUGAAGUUACAAAAGAUCAUUGGGCCUUGUAUUUGAAUUAUAGAUUGUCUCCGGAUACUAUGGCGAAAGCAGACAAAAAUGCUCUAAAUCGCCAAAAGCAACGUAUUCCCCAUACGUUAGGCACAAGGUCACUAGCAAGAACACGAGAUAUUAUGGAACAAAGAGAUGGACGGUCUUACAGUAGAGGAGACAUGUAUGAAAUCUCUCACACGAAGAGGAACGGAUCAUAUGUUAAUGAUGAGGCUCGACAAAAAAUUGUAAAAAAUUGUAUUAUAUAUGUUUACUGA